AUGCCCACUGACGACUCGAAUCCCACGUCGAAACCUCGCGUGGAAAGCGACGAGAGCGCUAUGUCUCGCUGCGCGUCGUCCACCUGUUUGUCUGCUUGCGCGAGCAACGUCUAUCUGAGGAUAAAGCCGAAUGCCGAAGCGAACGAAAGAGUUUACACGGUGCUCGGCUCGACAACGCUCCGCGUGAAAAGAGGAAAGGCCAUAGACAAAAGAUACUCAUUCGCGAGGAUCUUCGACUCGGACGCCACCCAGGCUGAUCUGUUCCGUGAAAGCGUACGGCGUCGAGUGAUUCGCUUCCUCCUCGGCGAGAGUUCGACCAUCAUAACCUACGGUGCGUCCAACACCGGGAAGACGUACACUCUGUACGGAACGCCGGACUCGCCCGGUGUGAUCGCUCACGCCAUCGAGUUCCUGUUCUCCACGGUCAACUGUACGCUGACUCCCUGGUACAAGGUCACCGACGACGACAGCAUUGUCCCUCUGGACGAGCGCCAGCGAGCAACGGAGAUACGCGGCAGAGCGAGUUUGAUAAACGCGAAGACGACCGCCGGGGAAGAGUUGGCGCAGACUCGACUGUCCUUGAGCAAUUCGAAGCCUCGAGUCGCGGAGUCGGAGGAGGAGGAGGAGGAGGAGGAGGAGGAUGAGCGGGAGCUCUGGAGCGACGAGUGCAUGACCUCCGUGUGGAUGUCCGCGGUGGAAGUUCGCAACGACAGCGUGUACGAUCUUCUGGCGGGCGACGACGAGGAAAAACGAGCGCCGUUGAAGGUGACCGCUCGGAAGGACGGCUUCGCCCGCGUGAACGGUUUGAAACUCGUUCACGUUAUCACGGCUCUCGAGGCAUGCCAAUUGCUGAUGCUCGCUCGGUCGAGGAUGACCGUGGCAGCUACGAGCUCGCAGUCCCACACGUUCCUCGCCUUGAAGCUGUUGAAGUACGAGAAAGAGAACGCUCCGGAGGACGUUCGCGUCAGCACGCUGACGUUCUGCGACGUGGCCGGCUCCAGGAGGCUGAAGAGAUCGGAGAAAAGUGGGAUCGGGUUAACGGAAUCGAGGAACAUAAACAACAGCCUGCUGGUGCUCGGAAGGUGUUUGAAAUCUCUACGCGACAGUCGCUCGACGACAACGAUCGGCGACAACGUGGCAACCUUCGGUCCUUUCCGAGAGUCGAAGUUGACCAGGAUGCUUCGGAAGGUUCUAGCCGGCCGAGAAAACGCCAGCUUCAUCGUCACCAUCGACGUCGGGGUUGACUCGCUGCUGGAAACGUUGAACGUUCUGAAUUUCUCGGCGAUGCUGAGGAAAUUAAGCCGCGAGUCGAAGAUGUCGAGACGAAACACAUUCACCGUGGCGAUACCAAGCAGUCAGUGGUCGAUGUCUGUCGUUCGAAGCCCGCGAAAGGCGAUCACGAUCGAUCUCGAGGUGUACGAAACUCUGAAGCAACGGAACAAGGAACUAACGGAGGAACUGGAAACUGCGAAAGCUGCCACGGUCUCGACUGAGAAGAUCUCGAUAGAAACACAGUCGGAGCACUCGUUCGCCGAUUACGAACGAUUGGAGGAGAGGCACGCGGAACUGGCGGCGCGUCUGAAAGCUAUGGAAUGUGAGAGCUUGAAUCGCGAGUGCGAGAUAAGGCAAGAGCUGGUGGACCAGUACUCGGCAGCUAUCGCCGAGUUGGAAUCCGCUUGGAAAAAACGGGCGCAGGACAUCGAGGACGAGGGACGAGAUUUGCUGAGGUGGUCGGUGAACCAGGUGGAAACGUUCUACAAGGAGCGGAUCGACAGCAUAACGCGCGGCAAGAAGAGGAAACGGGACGAGAACGACGACGGUGACGGUGUUCGAUCGAUGUACAGAGAACUCGAGACGGAGAACGCGAUGGUCACGUCGAAGGUGGUCGUUCUACGAGAGAUGGUCCAGAGUUUGCGAGUAGAGAACGAGCUGCUCUGCACGGACAGGAACAAGUGUAACUUCGAACUGGCACUGGCCAGGGAGAAGCUGAAAGGUUUCCGCGACUUGAUCCUGAUACACUUUCCCGAGUUGUCUUCGAGGGCGACGCUGAACGACGCGAACGACGUCGACUGGCUGGUGCACGAGUUGAAACGCGCGUUCGACGAGAAGGCGGAGAGCGUGCGAUCUCUGGAGAAGAGCUUGAGCCGGAUAAACGACGAUUACGUGCAGAUGGCGGCGAGAUCCGUUGAGAUGGAGAAGGAGCUGCGGGACGCGAAAGUCAGAGCGAGGAAUUUCGAGGACGAAACGCGAGAUGAGAGUGUCGUUCGGCACUUGCUCAGGAAAGAGUUGACCGAGUCACGGGAUUGUGACUCGACUCGAAAACGCGAUUUGACUCGUUCGCUCAGCAACGAGGACCUUUUCGACAACGCCGCAGAACUGACGACUCUGCAGGCUCGCGUGGACACGAGAGUGGAACGGUAUUUGAAUCGCGUGGGUAGAAGCUCGUCGAAGAAAGUCUCCGUGGACUCGGAUUCGUUUCGAUCGUCCAUCGACAGCGGCAACGCGAAAGAGGACUCUGGCAUUGACUUUAGUUGCAGAAGCCAGAGAUCGACUAGCAUCAACGGCAGUUCGAUCAUGGAAGAAGAAACGAAGGAGAGCUGCACGCAAACGACGUGCGACGACGCGAUGGAUCGACACGAGGACGCUGGACAGCGAGAGGAACUGUCUCGUCAAGCUAGCGACUUGAGAUCGGCGAUGGACGCUUUGAGAAAAAUCGCGCACGGCAGCAAGUCGGAGGUGGCGGAUUGCAAGAGUAAAUUGUCAGUGUGCGAAGAGAGAAUGAAGGAGCUCGAGGAGGAGAACGAAAAACUGACGAGAAUGGUGGAAGUAGACGCGCGGAAGUACAACGAGCGUGUCGGCGAGUUGACUCGAGAACUUCUGGUCAAGGAAGAGGACGAUAGCCGGUGCCAGAGGCGACUGGAGAAUUGCUUGAAGAAGUGUGCCUCUCUCGAGAAUCAAUUGUCCGUGCUCCAUCUCGUUCACGAGCAGACGCUGAAAUCGCUCGUCGAGCAGAGUCGGGCGCGGAUCGAAAAAUCGGGCGAGGCGAAAGGUUCGGUGACGAGCGCAGAGGCGCCAGGCGAUCCGCUCGAGGUGCAGCAGCUGCGCGAGAAGGUUAACGGGCUCGAGACUGUUCUCGAAGAGCGCCGGGAGGAGGGGAACAGUUAUCGCGAGCGAUUGCAGGAACACUCGGAGACGCAGUCGUUGCUGGAAACGAAACUGAAGUGGCUGUCGUCGGAAAUUCGGCGCAGAGAUGACGAGCUGGUCUCGUUGAGGGCGGAGGUGAACGACGCGGCGCUGGCGAACGAUUCGAACGACGAGACGCUGAAGAGUUUGGGAGAGGAGAUCGGUCGAUCGAACGAGACCGUGCGCCGCGUGAAAGAGGAACUGGCGUAUUUCGAGGAGACGAGGAGAAGUCUGGAGGAAAGGUUGGAAAACGCGAUCGUCGAUCCUUCGACGAAAAUUCGCGAGGAGAUGAGAGAAGACGAGGGAGAAGAAUUUCGUAAGUUGAAGCUGCGGAUAUGCGAGAACGAGAGGGAGAUGGAUUUGCUCAAGAAGCACAGGAACAGCAUGAUAAGGAAAUACGAAUGUAUGGUGCAACGUUUGAGGAUAGAGGUUGAGAAGAAGAAGGAACAGCUGACCAAAUUGCAGAAAUCGAUAUUGUCGAAUUUCACGUGGAGCUAUCGAAGGUUGCGCAACAACAACAGUCGCGAGAGGUCCAUUGCUUAUCAAUUGCAGAAGUUGAGGAACUGCAACAAUAAUCAACACUGGAAGCAGACUUUUAUUGACAGGGAAGCUAGAUACGAAGAAUUACCUCCGUCAAUUGCUAAUUCGUCCAGCGUCCAUUCGUCAAGUUCGCAACUGUCGAUGAAAAACGAGGACUUUGACACAGAGGAAUCUUGCCCAAAUGUCAGGUUGGAUGAAAGUUCGAAGAAGCAGCAACAGCAGCAGCAGCAGCAGCAGCAGCAGCAGCGUGAAUGCCUGUCUCCUGCGUCAACCUGA